GGACUGACCUGCGUCGAUCCCAUCGUCGUCGCCAUUCAGCUGGAGCCCAGCGCCGCGUGGCCCGAUGACCUGGCCGCCAUUCGCAAGCUCAAGGCGGCGUUCUACAUCAAGGUGGCCGAGGGGCUGCGCAAGAAGCACGGCCACGUGUGCACCCCCACGCCCCAGUGGGUCGACGUGCAGCUGAAGAGGGAGGGCUUCGUGUUCCGCUUCUUCAUCCACCAGCAGAAGGAGAUCGCUCUCAUGGCCAAGGCCGAAGAGGCAGUGGACGACAAGGCCGCCCUGCCGGAGCGUGUCCUCCAGGCGGCGCAGCACGCCGGUCGCAUGCACGGCUUCUCCCAUCGCCACACCUCCUACCCCAUGGCCACCCGGCUGGCCAAGCUGUGGGUCCACUCUCACAUGUUCUCCGGUUACCUGGCCGAUGUACGUUGCACACACCUGCCUUCUCCUCCUCCGUUCAUGCGGGUGGCUGAUUCGACAUCACGACACGAGCAGGAGAUCAUUGAGUUGUUGGUGGCCCACGCCUACACCAACCCGCGGCCGUUCGAGGAGCCGCACAACCACGUCGCCGGGUUCCUGCGGUUCCUGCACCUGCUGAGCACCUUCAACUGGGAGGAGACGGCCCUUGUCGUGGACAUCGACGGCGAAUUCGACUACGACGACCACCAGCACAUCCAGGCCACCUACGAACGGCUCCGCAGCCUUCAGCGAGCGGCCAAGGAGCGCGGCACCAAGAUCAAGGAGACGGCGCUCUACAUCUCCACCCCGUCCGACAAAUACGGCAGGCUCACGCGGCAUUCGCCCACGCCGCUGAUCUUCAAGCGAGUGGUGGCCUACGCACAGCAGUCCUACCGCAUUCUGCGCGAGCUGGUCGAGAACCCGUUCACCGCCGAGGCCAAGUGGCGGGCGCUGUUCGUGACGCCGCUGACGCCGUACGACGUGCUCAUCCACCUCGAGUCGGCGGUCGGCGCCAAGGGGGGCGCCUCGAGCAAGUACAAGAACCUGCAGCUGCCGACCAAGCAGCCGGUCUACGUGGGCCUCGAUCUGGUGGAGAACUACCUCAGCGAGCUCAGGGCACGGUUCGGACACCUGGCCCUCUUCUUCCACAACGCCCUUGAGGGCCGAGUGAUCGGCGUCGUCUGGAAGCCCGGCACCUUCGCGCCCAAGCCCUUCAAGGUCCUCCACACUGAGUUCGCCGUGCCCGUGUCUCUCCUCCCUGCGGACUCGCCAUUGGUCAAGAAGCUAAACAUUCAGGCGUCGGAUGCGUCCAACACGAAGAGCAAGGUGCCGCAGGUGGUGACCAACAUCUUCGAGCUGCUGCACGACUUUGCCGCCAUGGGCGAAGGCCUCGUGCGGGACGUCCAGCCCAACCUCUGA